AGUGCUGGGGGGAGCCUGGCCCAGAGGCUUCCUGCCCCCAAUGCAGAGAAAGGACCCCCCAGAGGACCUUCAGGUCCAACAGGCAGCUGGCCAACAUGGCAGAACUGGUGCAGAAACUCCAGGAAGGAGGAAGGAAGAAAGAAGGGAGGAGAGAGGCUUGCAAACUGCACCAGGAGCCCCUGAAGCUCUUCUGCAGGGAGGACGAGGCCCCCAUCUGCAUGGUCUGUGACAGAUCCAAGGAGCACCUAGGCCACAACGUCAUUCCUCUGGAAGAAACCUCCCAAGAGUAUAAGGAAAAAACCAAGCUCCAUCUGGAGUCUCUAAGGAAAAAGAGGGAAGAAUUUAAGGACCAACAAUAUGUUCAAGAGCUAAGAAGGAAAGACUAUCAGACACAGUUAGACCUUGAGAAGAUGAAGAUCAAAUCUCUCUUUGAGGGAAUGCAGAGAUUCCUUGAGGAGAAACAGCAUUUCUGCUUAGCUCAGCUGGAAGACCUGGAGAAAGAGAUGGAGAGAAGGCAAGACAAAACCCUCGCCAAACUCACUGAAGAGAUUUCACAACUCAGUUUGCUGAUCACAGAGAUGGAAGAGAAGUGUCUGCAGCCAGCCAGCGUCUUCCUUCAGGACAUCAGAAAUUCCUUGGUCAGGUACGGAUAUGAUGGUUUCACCUCCUAUUUCAAGGAGAAGUUAAAUCACACUGGAGUGUAUUUGGAAUUGUUUCUUUAG